AUGGCAUCCUCAGCAUUCUCCUUCGGCUUCGGCGGCGACGACAUAGAGGACGACUCUGUCCCGGGCGCCGAGGCCUCCGCGCCUGUCCCGGAGCCCGAGACCCCGCAGUCCGCUGCGGCCAGUGCCUUCCCGGUCCCUGGUAAACCCCAGCUACCGCCUACCGGUCACGUCCUGCAGGACAUGCUCGCGAAACUGCCCUCCAAAGUUGCCUUUGGAAUCCUGGACGUGACCCUUGACGACGGCAGCGUCAUCAAAGUUCCUCGGCGAGAAUUGUGGGAUGUGCGAGUGCAGCUCAUGGCCGAGGAUGAGGCCGCCAGUGAGGGUCCCGAAGCCGAGGGACUUGGCAGCCACGACGUCAAGACGGGUGUCUACGAGGGCGGCUUCAAGAGCUGGGAGAGCAGCGUCGAUCUCGUCAAGGUGCUCGCCAGUGGCCAGUACUUGGACAUGCUAAAGCAACGGCCUCUCCGAGUGAUCGAGCUUGGAUGCGGCACGGCGCUCCCUUCUCUGGCCCUUCUGCAGUGGGCUAUGAAGGACUCGGCCCCGAGAUCGCCGCUUUUGCUCACCCUCGCCGACUACAACCCGACGGUUCUGCAGUUGGUCACGCUACCCAACUUCAUCCUCGCCUGGGCCCUCCAAAGCAGAGACCAGAACCCUUCCCUGCAGGAGGCAUUUGCGUUGGAGGACGAACUCGAACUUACACCCGAGGUUUUGCAGCAUUUCCAGGACUUCCUUACGUCUUCUCAAAUUUCUCUUAACUUCAUUUCUGGUGGUUGGUCAGUCGAGCUGGUCGAUCUCUUAUACGAGACUCAGUCCAAGUUGGACAAGUCCGACAAUUUCGAUACCCUGCUGGUGGGAGCCGAGACGAUAUACUCGCCAUUCGCGCUGGAGGCUUUCAACGAGAUGGUUUUCGCCAUUCUUAUCAGAGAGCAGAGCGAGCGCAGCAACUGCCAGUCGCAGGCGCUGGUCGGAGCGAAGAGGCUCUACUUUGGAGUUGGGGGUUCACUCGAUGAUUUCGUGGACAAGGCCAGAGGAAAGGGCGCAACAGUGGACCAGGUCAGAGAGGAGGCCGAGGGCGUCCGGCGAGGAGUCGUCCGCUGUACGUUGAGUGCAGCCCGUUAA